AUGGCCAGUUGGCCGCUGAGAAUCGUACUUCUGUCCAGCACCCUCAUCCUUGUCCGCGGACGAGGAGUGGUGCUGGACAGUCAGGGUCCAGUGUUGAUCUCGGAGCCGCGCUCCUCGGUGGAAUUCUCGAACGAGACCGGAGCUAUGAUCCACUGUUCGGCCCAGGGCAGUCCUCUGCCGAGGAUUGAUUGGCUUAUGGGAGACGAGUCGCCGGUGCUGCCCAUACCCCACAUCCGCGAGAUGCUGGUGAACGGUUCCAUGUACUUUUUGCCCUUCGGGGCCGAGACCUACAGACACGACGUCCACUCGGCCGUCUACAGAUGUCAAGCCUCGAACAGCGUCGGCAGGGUGUUGGGCCGUGAAAUCACGGUAAAGGCCGUGGUGCGACAAAAGUACGAGGUCCAGGUGCGAGAUACCUACGUGCUGCCCGGGAAUACCGGCGUGCUGAGGUGCGAAAUCCCGACGUUCGUUAAGGAGUACGUGGCAGUCACGUCCUGGAUUCGAGACUCCGCCUAUAACAUCUUCCCGACGCUGAAAAGCGAUGACAGACAUCAUAUGCUGCCUACCGGAGAGCUGCUGGUGUUCUCGGUGACGACCUCCGACGCCCAGUCCAGUUAUCGAUGUCGGACCGUGCACCGUGUCACCGGCGACACCGUGGAAAGUAGCUCGUACGCCAGGCUCGUGGUCACCGACCCUCAUACCCCAGUUCCGCCGAGGUUCAACGAACGAGUGAGUCCGGCGCCUAUACGCACGGGAGAGACGAUCGUGCUCUCGUGCAUUUCCCAGGGAAUCCCACCGCCCAUGUAUCUGUGGUUUCGCGAGUCCGUGACGGGCACGGCGAUGAUCUUCAAUUCGGAAAGGAUCUACGCUAGAGCGGGUGUGCUGGUGCUGCAAUCAGCGAGGGCAGAGGACGCGGGACGAUACGUCUGUCACGCCAACAAUACGGCCGGUUCCGAGAGGGUCGAAUUGGAGGUCUCCGUUAUAAGCAGCCUCUCCAUCCACCUGGUGCCUCAACAGGUCACCGUCGACCUGGGUAAGGACGCCGAAUUCCAGUGCUCGGUCACCGGCCAACCAAUCCCGGUGAUCUUCUGGACGAAGGACGGGCUUCCCGUGGGAGAGAGCGCUUCCGGUCGGAGCAAGAUCACGGGGAACGACGGGUCGACGUUACGCGUGUCAUCGGUGGUGAGGGACGACAAGGGGAUGUAUCAGUGCUUCGCGAAGAACGACUACGAGAUGGUGCAGGCGACGGCGGAACUACGACUAGGGGACGCGGCGCCGCAGCUUCUGUACAAAUUCAUCGAACAGACCAUCCAGCCUGGCCCUUCGGUAUCGCUCAAGUGCAUCGCCACCGGAAAUCCGACGCCGCACUUCUCCUGGACCCUGGACGGAUUUCCUCUUCCGCAGAACGACAGGUUCAUGAUAGGCCAGUAUGUGACGGUGCACGGUGACGUGAUAUCGCACGUGAACAUCAGCGUGGUACACGUGGAGGACGGCGGAGAGUACCGGUGCACGGCGGCCAACAGGAUGGCGAAGGUUCACCAUUUGGCCCGUCUCAACAUUUACGGGCUUCCACACGUUCGACCAAUGGGGAACUACGCCGCGGUGGCCGGCGAGAUCACCGUCAUCAAAUGUCCGGUCGCCGGUUUCCCGAUCAGCAGCAUCACUUGGGAGAAGGACGGAAAGGUGCUGCCGACGAGCCGACGCCAGGAGGUGUACCCGAACGGCACGCUGGUGCUGCAUCACGUCGACAGAAGCACCGAUCACGGUGCAUACACGUGCACGGCGAAGAACAAGCAGGGUCGUUCCGAUUCGCAGACGGUGCACAUCGAAGUGAAAGUUCCACCCACGAUAGCCCCCUUUAGCUUUAACAAGGACCUCUCGGAGGGCGUGCGUGCUCAGGUAACUUGCAUGGUCGAGAAGGGCGAUCCUCCGUUCACGAUCGCCUGGUCCAAGGACGGCGAGCCGAUCGCCGGACCCAGCAGUCCAGCUGGCUUCGGCAACACCGGGAUAACCGGUCCCAGACACACGCAGACACCCGCCGGGCUACGCGUAACCAACAUUGACGCCCAUUCCAGUACCAUAGUUAUCGAGCGCGUGAGCGCCGCUCACUCCGGCAACUAUACUUGCCUGGCGCGCAAUUCGGUGGCCGAGGUCCUAUGGACGGCCGAGUUGAUCGUUCGUGGUAAAGUAGACCGAGAGAAAGCCGAGUCGGGCGGACGAACUGAAAGCUCGUCCGGACGCACUCUCUAG